AUGGCAUAUUGGUCCUCCACUUCAUUUUUUACCUCUAAAGUGCCUCGCAAGAUCUUGUUCAUAUCCGCUCUUUCCCUCGCCCUUACCUGCCUGUUUUAUUGGUUGAUGAGCUGUUACAAAACGCUCCAGUUCCCUUCUCAGGAAAGCGACGUGUACCAAGCGAGAGAGCUGAGCGAUAGAACGGCGUUCGCUACACUGAGAGAGAAACUUUCCUUCGCCACCUCUGAAGACCAUCAUGGACCAGAGUCUGAGCAAAAGAACGCUCGCGAUCCCACGGGCACAGAAAAUAAGGUGUCUAGCAUGAGCCUUGCGGUUGCGGAGAUGGAAGAGAGGACAACAACGUGGGUUAACGUUAUGACUGCUUCGCCUACAUCCGUGACAGAGACUCAAGGGAGAAUGCUGAAGAGAGAACACCAGGAACUUGGCAGCACCACCGACGACGAUCUGAACAGACAGGUGGACUGCACCUUGGAUUAUGGCCAGAAAAAGCUCCCACAAGCCAUCAUUAUAGGGGUUAAGAAAGGCGGUACCAGAGCGCUACUGGAAGCUUUACGGAUCCAUCCUGACGUCAGGGCAGUGGGGAACGAGCCCCAUUUUUUUGACAGGAACUAUGACAAAGGACUCGAUUGGUACAGGGACCUAAUGCCCUCCACACUGGACAGCCAGAUCACCAUGGAGAAAACACCCAGCUACUUUGUUACAAGCAGCGCUCCAAAACGUAUCUACUCCAUGGCAAGAGACAUAAAGCUAAUCAUCGUUGUGCGCAACCCAGUGACAAGGGCCAUCUCAGACUAUACCCAGACCUUGUCAAAGAGGCCGGAAAUCCCUACCUUCGAGGUGCUGGCUUUCAAGAACCGGACACUGGGGCUCAUUGAUGCUUCAUGGAGUGCCCUACGAAUUGGGAUCUAUGCACUACACUUGGAAGGCUGGCUGCAAUACUUCCCACUCUCACAGAUGCACUUCGUGAGUGGCGAGAGACUCAUUGUCGACCCAGCAGGUGAGAUGGAAAAGGUCCAAGACUUUCUGGGACUGAAGCGUAUCAUCACCGACAAACACUUUUACUUCAACAAAACUAAGGGCUUUCCUUGCCUGAAAAAGCCAGAGGACAGCAGCACCCCACGCUGCCUGGGCAAGUCCAAGGGUAGAACUCAUCCUAACAUUGACCCAGAUGUGAUCCAUCGGCUGCAAAAGUUUUACAAGCCCUUUAACAUGAUGUUUUACCAAAUGACCGGUCAGAACUUUCAGUGGGAACAGUUGGAGAUGCAAACAGAAUAG